ACCGGGCGUCGGCGUCACGUGACGCGACGGCCAUGGCGGAGGAGGAGGCGGCGGUGGUGGGGAGCGCAGAGGUGGGGUCGGACCCCCCCGAACUGGAACUGGAGCAACUGGAGGAACUGGAGGAACUGGGACUGGAGGAGGUGGACGUUCACAUUCAGGCCAACCUGGAGGAUGCGCUCGUGCAGGAGGCGCUGCAGACGGGCGUGGAUUUGCGGCAGUUUUCGGCGCAGGUGGAGCUCCAACUGCAAACGCUCGAGAGGGCGACGCUGCGCGACUACAUCCGAGAGAGUGAGAACAUUGCGGCGCUGCACACGCAGAUCACGGCCUGUGACGCCAUCCUGGAGCGGAUGGAGCAGAUGUUGAGCGCUUUCCAGUGUGAUCUGAGCAGCAUCAGUUCCGAGAUCCGAACCCUUCAGGAGCACUCGGUGAAUAUGAACCUUCGGCUCCGCAACCGACGCUCCGUCCGACGCCACCUCAGUCACCUCCUGGACGAGCUCGUGGUGCCGGCGCCCAUGAUCAGUACCAUCCUGGAGGUUCCGGUGACGGAACCGGAGUUCCUGGAGCAGCUGCAGGAGCUCAACGGGAAGAUCAACUCGGUGAAGGAACAGGCGUUCAGGGACACAGUGGCCUGCGCCGACGUCCAACACGUCCUCGAGAAGCUCAAGAUUAAGGCCGUCUCCAAGAUCCGGGAGUUCAUCCUGCAGAAGAUCUCGUCCUUCCGCAAACCCAUGGCCAACUACCAGAUCCCCCAGAACGCUCUCCUCAAGCACAGGUUCUUCUACCAAUUCCUGCUGGGCCACGAGCGGGCGGUGGCGCAGGAGCUGCGCGAGGCCUACGUGGACACCAUGAGCAAAAUCUACUUCUCCUAUUUCAAGUCCUACAUCGGUCGUCUCAUGAAGAUCCAGUACGAGGAAGUGGCGGAGAAGGACGACCUCAUGGGGGUGGAGGACACUGCCAAGAAAGGGUUCUUCUCGAAGCCCUCUUUGAAGAACCGCAACACCGUCUUCACUUUGGGAAACCGAGGAAGCGUCAUCGGAGCCACCGAACUGGAAGGACCCAUUAUCGUCCCCCACGCGGCGCAGAAGAGCGACGUCCGGUUCCCGUUCGAGUCGCUGUUCCGCAGUCAACACUACGCCCUCCUGGACAACAGCUGCUGUGAGUUCCUCUUCCUCUGCGACUUCUUCCUCGUGACGGGAAACGGCGCCAUCGACCUCUUCCACUGCGUCAUGGGCAGAACCCUCAGCCUCUUCCUGAAGCACAUGGAGUCGUACGUGAGCGACUGCUACGACGCCAUCGCCGUCUUCCUCUGCAUUCACAUCGUCCUCCGCUUCCGAACCAUCACGGCCAAACGCAACGUCCCGGCCAUCGACGCGUAUUGGGAGGCUCUUCUGGAGCUCCUUUGGCCGCGCUUCGAGUACAUCCUGGAACUCAACAUCCAAAGCAUCCAAAGCACCGACCCCCAGAAACUCGGCUUCCUCGACACCCGCCCCCACUACAUCACACGGCGUUACGCCGAGUUCUCCUCCGCCAUCGUUAGCAUCAACCAGACCUUCCCUAACGAGAAGACCAACGCGUUGUUGGGGCAACUCCAGGUGGAAGUGGAGAACUUUGUGCUCCGCGUUGCGGCCGAGUUCUCCUCCCGCAAAGAGCAGCUCAUCUUCCUCAUCAACAACUACGACAUGAUGUUGGGGGUCCUCAUGGAACGAGCGGUGGAGGAGAGCAAAGAGGUCGAGGGCUUCCAACAGCUCCUCUCCGCUCGCACUCAGGAGUUCAUCGAGGAGAUCCUGUCCCCCCCUUUCGGGGGAAUGAUCGCCUUCGUCAAAGAGGCGGAAGCGCUGCUGGAAAAGGGGCAGUUGGAGCGGCUCCGCGGAGAGGAGGCUCGUGUCACCCAACUGGCUCGAGGCUUCUCCAGCACUUGGAAGGCGGCGGUGGAAGCUUUGAGUCAGGACGUGAUGCGUUCCUUCACCAACUUCAAGAACGGCACCGGCAUCAUCCAGGGGGCUCUGACCCAAUUAAUCCAAUAUUAUCACCGUUUCCAUAAGGUUUUGGCGCAGCCGCCGCUGCGCUCGUUACCCGUUCGCGCCGAUCUCAUUAACAUCCACCACCUCAUGGUGGAGCUCAAGAAGCACAAACCCAACUUCUAAAAGUUGGGGGGAAAGGGAAAGAAUCCAUGGGGACCCCC